CUGAUUUGGAGUUCAGCGGGAACUUCUUCGAAGCUGCCCUCGCUACCCCAUUUCCCGAUCUUCGCUCCUCUCUUUAUUACUCGAUUCCAGGAAACAUGGUGACGUUGAAGAUGAAGCGAAGAAGGUUUGAAACGAGAGAACCUUGACCAUUUCUCCUUUAAAAGGUCCGAAAUACCUCGUGCGAUUUUCAUUCAGUAGUUGUCGUUCUCUCAUAAGCGAAAGCCAGAUCAAGCAUCCAGUUUUUUUUCUUCAAGCAUCCAGUUUUUUUUCUUCAAACUUUCAAAGAAUUGACCAUUGAAUUCUUUGUAAGGAUAAACCUCCUGCUUGAAGGACUUGAUUAAAAUUCUGAUUUUUGGUUAAUGGGUUUAUCUCUGUCCUUACUUUCAUGGGCAUGGUUUGAAUCCAUGAAAUCAAGGAUCUUUGGUCUCAAGGAAGUUGAAGCUGCUUUGGUUAAAUCCCUUAGUUUCGAUGAGAAAUACAUCAAGACAACCUCAAAAUCACCUAGCUUUAAAAAAACUGAUUCAUUGUCAUCAAUGGCUCCUGGCGGCUUGGUCAUAGAGAGAUCAUUAAGCUUAAAAAAUUGGCAGCCUUCAGAGGAAAUAAAACCACAAAAUACUGUCUUUAAAGGCAUGGAGAAUAAAUCUUUGCCAGAAAUAAAUCCAUCAAAUUCAAUUCCUGAAUUUUGUUCCCCACGGCCGCGGAGCGAGCUUGAUGCGGCCGCUGUAAAGCUUCAAAAGGUUUACAAAAGUUAUCGCACAAGAAGAAAUCUUGCCGACUGUGCUGUCGUUGUUGAGGAGCUAUGGUGGAAAGCUUUGGAUUUUGCAUUUUUGAAGCAUAGCUCGGUAUCUUAUUUUAACUUCGAUAAACCUCAAACAGCAGUUUCACGAUGGGCUAGGGCGCGCACGAGAGUUGCCAAGGUUGGAAAAGGUUUGUCUAAAGAUGAGAAGGCUCAAAAAUUGGCAAUACAGCACUGGCUUGAGGCCAUUGAUCCGCGUCAUCGGUAUGGACACAAUCUGCAUCUCUAUUACGAUGUUUGGUUUGCAAGUGAGGGCGCCGAACCAUUUUUCUACUGGUUGGAUGUUGGAGAUGGAAGAGAAAUAAAUCUUGAGAAGUGCCCAAGAACCAAGCUUCAGCAGCAAUGCAUAAAAUAUCUUGGACCAAAAGAGAGGGAGGCUUAUGAAGUCAUUGUGGAGAAUGGAAAGUUUGUAUAUAAACAAAGCGAAGAUUUUGUGAAUACUGAUGAUGAUUCAAAGUGGAUAUUUGUUUUGAGCACGUCAAGGGCACUAUAUGUGGGGAAGAAGAUGAAAGGCACAUUUCAACACUCAAGCUUUUUAGCUGGGGCAGCUAUUACAGCUGCUGGAAGACUGGUUGCCAAAGAUGGAGUUCUCAAGGCUAUAUGGCCAUACAGCGGCCAUUACCUCCCAACUGAAGAAAACUUCAAGGAAUUCAUCAGCUUCCUCCAGGAGAACAAUUUAGACCUCACCGAUGUGAAGAGGUGUUCCGUUGAUGAUGACCAAUUCGAUUCCUUCAAGAUGCCCUGCGAUGAUGAGCCAAUGAAUCAGAAUGUGGCGAAAGUGGAAGCGGUUGCAGGAGAUGCUAGCAUUACUGAAACUGAAGAUUCAGAAAAGGUUACCAACUCUUCAUUACCUGAUGCCAUUGGGAGCGAAGAUAAGGUGGACAAAGCAACAGUGCUCGAAUUCAACCGGCGAAUUUCGUGCAAAUGGAGCACGGGAAAUGGACCAAGAAUCGGAUGCGUGAGGGAUUAUCCUGCUGAUCUGCAGUGCAAGGCACUGGAGCAAGUUAAUCUUUCGCCGAGAACCGUCCCGUUGCCGCCUGGUAAUCGGCUUCCGAUACGAUCUCCUCGGCCAAGCCCCACGAUUCGGCUAUCUCCGAGGUUGUUGAACAUGGGCAUGCCUUCUCCCACGGUGUCUCUAACUCUUCCUAACUUCAAGAAGAACUGAGAUCGAUGACAUUUUUGAGUUGUUUAGGGUUUAGGGCUGCGGGGGAAGCAGAUGAAGAAGGCGAACUGCCUUAUUCUUCUGACUUGAUUUUCUUUUUCAAUUUUUUUUUCAAAUUAUGUUGAUUCCUUGA